AGGACCAGGACCAGGACCAAGACCAGGACCAGGACCCGGAGCAGCAGCAGCAGCAGCAGCAAGAGCAGCAGCAGCAGGAGCAGGAUCAGGACAAGAUCAGGAUGACCAACGCCAUGGAUAUAGUGAAGAACGGCAGUGCCAACGGGUCCGUCGACGGCAGCAAUGAUGAGUCGCGCACCAAUUUGAUCGUCAACUAUCUGCCGCAAACCAUGACGCAGGAGGAGAUGCGAUCGCUCUUCUCCAGCAUCGGUGAGCUGGAGAGUUGCAAACUGGUGCGUGAUAAAGUCUCAGGUAAUUUGGUCUUACCAGCAUCGCUGACGGCUCUCAAUCCGGCCCUGCAGCAAGGCCAGAGCCUGGGCUAUGGCUUUGUUAACUACGUGCGGGCCGAGGAUGCUGAGAAGGCUGUGAACACCCUGAACGGUUUGCGUUUGCAGAAUAAGGUUAUUAAAGUAUCAUACGCCCGUCCAAGCUCAGAAUCUAUUAAGGGUGCUAAUUUAUAUGUAUCGGGUCUUCCGAAAAAUCUAUCACAACCAGACUUGGAGGGGAUGUUUGCAUCGUUCGGCAAAAUUAUAACAUCUCGUAUACUCUGUGAUAAUAUUUCUGGUCUAUCGAAGGGCGUCGGCUUUAUCCGCUUCGAUCAGCGCAACGAGGCCGAGCGGGCCAUCCAGGAGCUGAAUGGCAAGACACCCAAGGGUUAUGCCGAGCCGAUCACCGUCAAGUUCGCUAAUAAUCCCAGCAAUAGCGCCAAGGCCCAGAUAGCCCCGCCCCUUACCGCCUACUUGACUCCGCAGGCGGCGGCGGCCACCAGGAGACUGGCCGGAGCCCUACCAUCCGCCGGUCGCAUAAGAUACUCACCGCUGGCCGGGGAUCUGCUGGCCAACUCGAUCCUGCCCGGAAACGCCAUGACCGGAUCCGGAUGGUGCAUAUUCGUUUACAACCUGGCACCGGAAACCGAGGAGAAUGUGCUGUGGCAGCUAUUCGGCCCCUUUGGAGCCGUUCAGUCGGUGAAGGUGAUCCGCGAUCUGCAGACCAGCAAGUGCAAGGGAUUCGGCUUUGUGACCAUGACCAACUACGACGAGGCCGUGGUGGCCAUCCAGUCCCUCAACGGCUACACCCUGGGCAACCGAGUGCUCCAGGUCAGCUUUAAGACUAACAAGACCAAGACCACUUAGGCACCACCGCCAUCCGGGAGGAUGGUCCAGCGACCUCUACAAUACUCCAUGAUCUGUAUGAUUUGAUGACACUAGUCUAGACACUAUAUAGUUCUACUACCGACGAUACGGGACGAGACGAGACGAUUACGAGAUUGAUUUGCUAAACGCGUUGUAGUCAAAAUUGCACAUUAAUUAACGACGAUUGGGGAGUUAGCGGGAGUUGGAUUUCUGGCAGGGAUAUUUCGAAACGCGUGAAUGGCGGCCUAAAAGUAUGCACUGGCUCAUUCACUCGAUUGGUGAUUGGUAAAAGCUCGCGACAAGCGAAAUUGUUGCAUACUUUUAGGCUGCUACUGAAACGAUUCGAAUGCCCAUCCAGAUUUGUGUGCGCUAAACGAAAUUAUUAUGAUUGUAAUUCUAACGAAAUCUUAGUGAAAAUUGAUUUAUGUUUCUCUAUACAAUUUAAUUUUAUUAACUAAAAACCUAAACCAAAACAAAGCUUAAAUGAGGCAACCAGAAAACACACACAACUGCAACUAAUGGCAAAUUUAGAAAAAAGAACAAACAAAGAAACAAGACAACUGUCUAUAAAUUGACAAAAUGAAAUGAAUAUGAAAACUAAAAACAAAACAAAAAACGAAAAACGAAUGAAUUAAAAAACAAAAAAACGCAAAAAUAUGGAUGAAGAUGAAGAGAUGGAGAAAAAGGAAAGAUGAAAGAUGAAAGGAAAAUGAUCUAAGUCGCAAUAUAUAGUAACUAUGUUUUUUUUUGUAACUUAUGAAUAUGUAAUUCAAUUCGAUUAUAUUCAAUUAAACAGAGUAUUCAAACAA